ACCCUAGUCCCUCCCCCUGCAUCCCCGGGUGGCUCCAUCCUGCCGCUCGCUGCUCGCUCGCUCGCUCCCCGGCUGGCUCCGUAGUCCCCGCUUUGUCGGUGGGUCGGGCUUAGCCGCCGCCCGCCGCCCGCCGCCCGCCGCCGGCCUCGGCCCCGAGCUCCUCCCGCUGCCUCCGUCCCCUGCCUCCUGGAGCCUCAGCAGCAGCCCCAGCCAUGGCCGACAUCAAGACGGGCAUCUUCGCCAAGAACGUGCAGAAAAGGCUCAACCGAGCUCAAGAGAAGGUUCUUCAGAAACUCGGCAAAGCUGAUGAAACAAAAGAUGAGCAGUUUGAGGAGUAUGUACAGAACUUCAAACGACAAGAGGCAGAGGGGACGAGACUUCAGAGAGAACUCCGGGGAUAUUUGGCAGCUAUCAAAGGCAUGCAAGAAGCCUCGAUGAAAUUGACCGAGUCCCUCCACGAAGUCUACGAGCCAGACUGGUAUGGACGUGAGGAUGUGAAGAUGGUGGGCGAGAAAUGUGACGUGCUCUGGGAAGACUUCCAUCAAAAGCUAGUGGACGGGUCCUUGCUCACCCUGGAUACAUACCUGGGCCAGUUUCCUGACAUCAAAAUGCGUAUAGCCAAGAGGAGCCGAAAGCUGGUGGAUUAUGACAGUGCCCGUCACCACCUGGAAGCUCUGCAGAGCUCCAAAAGAAGAGAUGAAAGUCGCAUCACAAAGGCAGAAGAAGAGUUUCAAAAAGCCCAGAAAGUGUUUGAAGAGUUCAACAUUGAUUUACAAGAAGAGCUUCCUUCACUGUGGUCUAGACGGGUGGGAUUUUAUGUCAAUACCUUCAAGAAUGUGUCCAGCCUGGAGGCCAAGUUCCACAAGGAAAUCGCUCUGCUCUGCCACAAGCUUUAUGAGGUGAUGACCAAGCUGGGGGAGCAGCAUGCGGACAAGGCCUUCACCAUCCAGGGAGCCCCCAGUGAUUCUGGUCCUCUUCGCAUCGCAAAGACACCAUCACCACCGGAGGAGCCUUCCCCCCUGCCCAGCCCAACCGCUAGUCCCAAUCACACCUUGGCACCUAGUUCUCCUGCACCAGCCCGGCCAAAAUCACCUUCACAGUUGCGGAAAGGGCCUCCUGUCCCACCUCUACCCAAAGUCACGCCCACAAAGGAACUGCAACAAGAGAACAUCAUCAGCCUCUUUGAGGACAACUUUGUCCCAGAAAUCAGUGUGACGACUCCUUCUCAGAAUGAAGUUCCUGAGCCAAAGAAAGAAGAAUCUUUGCUCGAUCUGGACUUUGAUCCUUUCAAGCCAGAUGUUACACCGGUGGGAUCAGCAGGAAUCACCCACUCGCCCAUGUCUCAGACAUUGCCCUGGGACUUGUGGACGACGAGCAGCGACCUGGUCCAGCCGGCUUCCAGUGGCACCUUCAACGGAUUCGCCCAGCCUCAGGACACUUCUCUCUUCGCCAUGCCCGCCAGUCAGGCUGCGAUCGAUACCUCGGCUGAGUCGGAAGAGGUGCCCCCCACAGAACCCAAAGCUGAGGAGCCCUUGGCUGGAGCUCCUGUUGAGGGCCAAGACAUCCAACCUAGUGAGGCAGCAGAGGAGGCUGAGGUGGUGACAGCAGAGGAUGUUGACAUGGUCCCUGCGGCUGCUGGAGCCCCAGCGGGGGUGGCCGAGGGAGUCCCAGAGACUGUCACAGAAGGAGAAGCCCUCCCCUUGGGUGAAGGAGAGACUCUUGUUGAGACCCAAGCUGUGACAGAGACCAUGGAGACCACUGAAAGUGAUAGAACUGGGACAGAAAGAGUGGAAGCAGCUGGAACCCAGGAGAAAAUCAUUCCUUCAGUUGUCAUUGAGCCUGCAUCCAACCAUGAAGGGGAAGAUGAGCAGGAAGAGGAGCUUGGGAUGGCCAGGGAGGUCAAAGAGGCAAGAGAAGACAUUUCUGCCCAGGAGGAUUCCAGUGAGCCCUUGGCACUGGUCAGUGACCAGAAGCCACUGAAGGAUGCUCAGCCUGCAGCUCCUGGUGGAGUCUCUCCCCUCCCAUCCAGUGGUGAAGCUGCACUAGUCCCUCCAGGCUUCCUCUAUAAGGUGGAAGUGCUCCAUGAUUUUGAGGCAGCUAAUUCUGAUGAGCUUAACCUGAAGCGCGGUGAUGUGGUCCUGGUGAUCCCAGCAGAAGCAGAGGCUGAGCAGGAUGCAGGCUGGCUCAACGGUGUGAAGGAAUCGGACUGGCUGCAGUACAGAGACCUGGAUACCUACAAAGGCCUCUUCCCAGAGAACUUCACCCACCGCCUGGAUUAGUCACCCCCUCUCCCCGGCCCUCCGGGGCCGAGGUGAAGCUGCUCCGUAGAGAGCUUGGCCAAUGGCUUUCCAAACCGACGGGAAGACGAGGAGCCCACUUGGAAGGCUCCACCGCUAACGCUUUACAGACUGGUGUCCCGCAAAGCCGGGGGAGACAUAUUCAAGGAGCAUGUGUUGAAAAAAAAAGUUAAAUUAAGUCAAAUUUUAAAAAGUCAAGUGAACUCCUCCGAAGCAGCCAAGGAGGCCGUCCUCCUUCGUUCUGUCUGUGACAACGGGUUUGUUUGUGCUUUCUCUGAGCUAUGGUGAAUCCCGUACUUGAUCCCUCCCCAUAAAGUCUCAAUUAGCUUCCUCAAGACCAGAACCUUAAUUUCUCUGCACUAAGUGUAUUGUAUUGAGCUGCUGUGCUGCGGAAGGUUUGAUAAAUAAUCCUGUGGUGAGACACAGUCCUUCUCCUUCCCUACCCUCCUUUUCUUUCCCUCCCUUUCCGCUUCCCCUUCCCUAUUCUUUCUUUUUCCCCCUCUAUCUUUUUCUCUCUCUUUCCAUCUUUCUCUCCCCAUUCUCUUU